GGCAGAGUUACUAAAGAGAGCUCAAGACACAACACUGCAGAGUAACGCCUUGGAAUGUCCUCGCACUUUAUAAACAAUUGUCCUAGGGAGGGAAUAUUUUUACAUGACAUUUGCACAGCUUGACAAAUGGCUAGCUGAGGCAGUGUGCUUCUCUGAUGAAUGCUGAAUUUCCCAAAGAGAAAAUAUCCCACAAACUGACCAAAGAGAGAGAACUAACUGCACUGGGAAAGUAGAAGUGGAACUUGGAGCCUUAAAAAAAGAACCAACACCAAAACAACAAACAAACUGCAGCAGUUAAGUGAAGAGUGCAAGAAUUUGAUCACAGGCAGGAUGGCAUCUGCCCGGGACCUUUUAAUCCUGGCACUAUGUGGCUUGUUACUAGAGUUACCGACUGGAUGUCAUGCAACAGAUACACGGCAGCCAAGGUUACGUCUGUCACAUAAAGAGCUCUGGGAUUUAAACAGGACGUCAGUCUUUCAUAGCCCAUUUGGAUAUCUCGGUCUGCAUGUAAUGCUGCUGGAUGAGUAUCAAGAGCGACUGUUCGUGGGAGGAAGAGACCUCUUGUAUUCCCUCAGUUUGGAUCGAGUCAGCGACAACUACCGAGAGAUCCACUGGCCCAGUACACCUCUGCAGGCAGAAGAAUGUAUAAUUAAAGGAAGAGAAGCUGAUGAAUGUGCAAAUUACAUCCGUGUCCUUCACCGAUACAACAGAACACAUCUUCUGGCUUGUGGAACAGGAGCUUUUGAUCCACUCUGUACUUUUGUUAGAGCUGGACAUCCAUCAGAGGAUCAUCUGUUUCAACUGGAAUCGCACAAAUUUGAGAGAGGACGAGGCAGGUGCCCUUUUGACCCCAGUUCUUCCUUCACCUCCAUCUUAAUUGGUGGUGAACUUUUUACUGGUCUCUACAGUGACUACUGGGGAAGAGAUGCUGCUCUGUUUCGCACCAUGAAUCGCAUGGUUCAUCUCCGAACUGAACCUGAUAGUGAGCGCCUCUUGAAAGAACCAAAAUUCGUUGGCUCAUAUAUGAUUCCUGACAAUGAAGACCAUGAUGAUAACAAAGUAUAUUUCUUCUUUACUGAAAAAGCAUUAGAGGCUGAGACAAACUCUCACGCCAUUUAUACCCGCGUGGGACGUGUAUGUGCGAAUGACAUGGGAGGCCAACGAAUGCUUGUGAAUAAAUGGAGCACUUUCCUCAAAACCAGGCUAGUUUGCUCUGUGCCAGGGAGAAACGGAAUUGAUACUUAUUUUGAUGAAUUAGAGGAUGUGUUUUUGCUGCAAACUCGUGAUAACAAAAAUCCAGUGAUAUUUGGCCUCUUCAACACCACAAGCAACAUAUUUAGAGGAUAUGCUAUAUGUGUUUACCACAUGGCAAGUGUCCGAGCAGCUUUCAAUGGACCAUAUGCCCAUAAAGAAGGACCCGAAUACCACUGGGCUCUAUAUGAAGGAAAAGUACCUUAUCCAAGACCUGGUUCAUGUGCCAGUAAGGUGAAUGGUGGUUUGUACACUACCACUAAAGACUACCCUGAUGAAGCUGUCCAUUUUGCCAGGAGUCAUCCACUGAUGCAUCAGCCCAUCAAGCCUGUCCAUAAGAGACCAAUACUAGUUAAAACAGAUGGAAAGUACAAUCUCAAACAAAUAGCAGUGGACAGAGUGGAAGCUGAAGAUGGACAAUAUGAUGUUUUGUUCAUUGGCACAGAUAAUGGAAUUGUGUUGAAAGUCAUUACAAUUUACAAUCAAGAGACGGAAUCAAUGGAAGAAGUGAUUCUUGAAGAGCUCCAAGUAUUCAAGGUGCCAGUUCCUAUUAUUUCUAUGGAAAUCUCUUCCAAAAGGCAACAGCUCUAUGUUGGAUCUGAGUCAGUCAUAGCACAAGUGAAGUUCCACCAGUGUGACAUGUACGGCACCGCCUGUGCGGACUGCUGCCUCGCUCGGGAUCCCUACUGCGCCUGGGAUGGCAUCUCCUGCUCCCGAUACUAUCCCACAGGGAUGCAGGCAAAGAGACGUUUCCGCAGACAAGAUGUUCGCCAUGGAAAUGCAGCACAGCAGUGCUUUGGCCAGCAGUUCAUCGGUGAAGUCCUGGAGAAGACUGAGGAGCGACUUGUUUAUGGAAUAGAGUACAACAGCACCCUUCUGGAGUGCACCCCUCGGACCUUACAAGCAAAAGUAAUCUGGUUUGUUCAACGAGCACAUGAAACAAAGAAGGAAGAGGUGAAGACAGAUGACAGAAUAAUCAAAAUGGACCUUGGCCUCUUAUUUCUGAAGCUGCAUCGAUUGGAUGCAGGGACCUAUUUUUGUCAGACAGUGGAACACAGCAUUGUUCACACUGUCAGGAAAAUCACUCUGGAAAUAGUUGAGGAAGAACGCGUAGAUGAAAUGUUCAAUAAAGACUAUGAGGAGGAGAUACCUCACAAAAUGCCAUGCCCGAUGCAGAGCAGUAUACCUCAGGCAUCAAAGCCAUGGUACAAGGAAUUUCUCCAGUUAAUAGGUUACAGCAACUUCCAGAGGGUUGAAGAAUACUGUGAAAAAGUGUGGUGUACAGAUAAGAAGAGAAAAAAGCUGAAAAUGUCUCCAUCCAAGUGGAAAUAUGCCAACCCACAGGAAAAGAAGGCAAGGAUCAGGCCAGAGCAUUACCGAUUGCCCAGGAACAUAGUUGACUCCUGAUGGAAAAAAUCCAUCCACACUUUCUGGGUGACAUUUUAUUUGGACUUAAGUAAGAGGGAGAAAUCAGUCUUGGUUUUGGUAAACAACACAGGUUUAUAUAUAUAAAAUAUCAGGACUGCAAACAAAAAUGCUAUAGUAAGUUAUACUCUACACUCAUGAUGACUGUUUAGAAGCAUUUUAAACAAAAUCUUCCUAACUAUCUGAUUCUGAGUAGAUCAAUGCAAUCAGAAUUUUGCAUUAUGGGGAAUGUGACAACCUUCAGACUCUGAGUGCUUGAAUCAGUUUCCUGUGUGGACUGUGCUUGCGCUGUAUAUUGUUGCACAUGAUGGCAUAUUUAAGCAAAUUAAAAUAGCGAAGUAUUCGUAAACAGAUGAAAAAUGUAACACAUCUUUUCUUCAGUUCACAAAUUUCUCAUGCUUCUGAAAGUGGCACGUCUUAAGAUCUUUCCUUUUGAUUGUGACCUGUCUGAGUUCAUCACUGAGAACAAUUUGUUGUGUUAAUGCAAUGUUCUGCUAUUUCUAAAGACAAUGAAGGGAAAUCCUGCUUUCUUCCCACUGUUUUGUUUUGUUUUGUUUUUUGUCUUAUCAGUCAUUUACAAAGCCCAGUGAGCUCUCACAGCUAAGUAAUACCGCCUAGUAACUUGAUGUAAGUCAAAUGCAUGCCGAGAACACAAACAGAAUGAAAUUCUUCUAUUUAUCUAUAGAAAAAGCUGGAUUAAUGGUUUAGGUAGAAAGCGAUUCUAUCCUGUCACUAGUCAUAGACAUUGACUUAGUAUUGACACGAAUUAAGGGAGUGCCCUCUUGUGGCCAAACAAAGCAAAAUCCGGUUUUACCACCUAUUUUCUGAAGAAAUGUGUGUAACAAAGAGCUGCUUUGUUUUCAGCACACACUUCUAGUUUCCACGUACUAAAUCCACUGAUUUAGAAGGCAGUGAUGGAAGACAUGUAUACUGAAAAAAACAGCAUAUAAAGUGAGCAAUGUUUUAUACUGUUAACACACUUUUGGGGGAAAACGCAGUCAUAAAAAUUUGGGAUGUAUAUUAAAAACAAGAACAGCACUGUGCAGCUGUUCUAUGGUCUCAGUGUCUGAUCCAGGUAAAUCUUUUCCUUCUAUGUGAUCUCUGGUCAAAAGGGAUGCUUUACUGUUCUUGUGUGUGAUGCCAGGAGAAGAGAUCAAAGAAUUAAGUCACUUAUGAUCUAGGUCUUUCAAGAUUUACUUAGGGGAAAAAAAAAUAAAAUAAAAUUUAAAAAAUCUCUUUUUAAGUGCAAGAAACCAGAUGCAUAAAAUGCAUAGAAACUAAUGUUUUUUUUUUCAACUGAAAAUUAAAUAGGGAAGUUGUAAACACCAAUUAUUCACAAAUGAGUUAACUCCUAGAAUGAGAACAUGAUGCCAGUAGGGGAAAUCGCCAAGCUGAUACAGAUUUAAUGCCACCAAGAAAGUAUAUAAUGGAUUUACCAGCCACAAAGAAGUUCAUGUCAAGCUGCAAUUUCUAAUCAGGAAAACAGAAUUGCAUCUUAGUAGGAAAUAACAGCCUAGAUAACAGAUAUUUGCUAGGUUUGCUGUGCUAACAAAGGCAGCAAUCAAUGCUGACCCAGUGUUUUCCAGGCAGGCUGUGCAUGAGAGGAUCUCGCAGUUCUUUGUCAGGACCUGCAAGCUUUGCUCUGCUCCUCUGGGAACAGAGACUGUCCCAGUGUUUGAGAGCUGCCUGUGGGCACUCUGUCAGAAACCAGAAUAGGAGGAAAACAGGGUUUCAUCUUGUGUCAGUAUAAUGGCACAUAAACCUUUUUGUGAGCCAGUUGUGUUCAGGAAACCAGUUUAUCUGAGGGUUUGCACUUUGUUUAGCUAGAAUGCCUUUCUUAAGAGUUUAGACUGGACACUAUGUGCAGCCCUGCAGGAAUUCUUGCAGUUGUUAGCUUUGAUCUGAUACAGAAGCCUGGAUAAAUUCACUUUUCUGUGUCGGAAGUAAUGGAACUUAGGUGCAGUUAGGAUGCUCUGUUUACAGUAAUACAGAAAGUGCUUACACUGAAGGCUGCAGCAGAGAGAACAUACAUAGAACAAGAAUCCCUGAUUUUUAUUUAAUCCUCUAUAUAACCCUUGCUGGCAUCCUUAAUGGAAAACUGUUCAAACAGCACUGAAAUAAUUUUCCUAUCAAUUAUGUAGUACACUUCUUUUCAACAGUAAUGGGAGUUAUAUUUUCCUUUUUCCAAUUCAUUUUCUAGUAUCUAGUGCCAAAGGUACCAUUAAUGGACUAUUAGAAAGGAAUAACAGCAGCUCAGCCUGAUGGACCAAAUAUAACUUUGAAACUCACUCUGAGAUUUCGGGUGGAAAUCAUGUGAUAUGCAAAUCAGGAUUCCUGAUUUAAUACAGAAGUGUAUUUUUAGCGGUUACAUGUGGAGAAUUACAUUAAAUUUUUAUUUACCUUUUAAAAUUUAAUAUUCUAGCUCACAUCUUACAACUUUCAUGGCUGCAGUGCCUGUGAGAAUUCAGAACUACAAGGUCUUGUUCAGAGUGCUAUGGCAUCUAUGGAAGAAGAGAAAGAGUGACAAUGUAUUUUGGAAGGAUAUGCACAAAUGUGCUCGUAUGCAAUGUUAUUUAAAAUGCUUCUUUGUAUAUUUGGGGGGCAUUAUCUGCUUCUUUUCAUUUGGUGUAUUUUGUAUGUGCAUGAAG